CAGCAUAGCGGGUGACAAAUGGGGCGGACCCAGUAAGUGGCCAAGGGAAGGAAAACAAAACAGAAGAUUUGCGCAUUUUAUAUGAAUAUAAAUACAUUUCGUAACAUACACAAAGCUGUACAGUAUUUUUUAGCAUUAUUCUGGUAUAACUAGCUAAGGAGUAAUUUUGUCAGUUUCUAGCCUUUUUUUCUAGAAUACCUCUAAGGUAUUUUUAGCAAGGUAGCUCUAAGGUUAGCAGCUAAAAAUGACCGCAGCUACACCCGUUUUAGACGGGUUGCUUUUGUUGGCUCCAGCUACGCGUUGAAGCGUUGUGAUAUCCGGAGUAAAACUACACAUAUCACUUGUUACAGCUUUUUUUUUUUUUUUUUUUUUUUGCUGAAUCUGAACUCUGGUAAGUGAGAGUUUUCAGCGUUAGCUAGCGGCUAACCCAUGUGAGGCAGAAAUGAAGUAGGGGGAAUUUUGCAAUCGAGGAAGUCUGAUGUCACAGCAAAGGGGCGAAGAUCAGAUCAUUGCCAGGGCAGAUGAAGUCAUGCCUGACGUGCCUGCGUGUGUUGCUCAAGAGACUCAUGGUCCUGGUAUAACAGCGGUUAGCAGGUUCGGUUAGCAGUUAGCAGUAGCAGUAGUAGUGAGGGAUUUCAGCUUGUUUACAAAAUGCCUGGAAUGGUGGCGUUCGGGAGGCGCUGGGGGAUCGCCAGCGAUGAUCUCGUCUUCCCCGGCUCUUUCGAGCUGCUACUCCGUGUGCUCUGGUGGAUUGGCACCUUGAUCUUGUUCACCUAUCAUAAGGGUCACUUUGAUUGUAACGGGAGAGGAGUUCUGCAUACCUACCUAGUUGGACUCUUGGUCGUGCUAGGGCUCAUCAUCCUGUCACUGUGGGCCAUUGUCUAUGUCAGUGCCCAAGGCACUAUUACCAACCCUGGCGCGCGGCGCUCCAUGCCGGCCCUGGUGUACCUGCGAGCGUUGCUCUAUAUCCCAGAGUUCGUGUGGGCCUGCCUGGGAGCCGUCUGGGUGUCGGACGGCAGCCGAGGUUGCGACCCAGCCACUGUGGGUGCGGUCAUCAGUGCUGUUAUUACCAGAUCCCCUCUUCCUGUUCUGCAGGACCAGGAUCUGCAGACGGAGCUGGAGAAUGCGGCUCACUAUAUGCAGUUCGCAGCGGCGGCUUACGGCUGGCCUUUGUACGUCUACUCCAACCUCUUUACUGCUCCCUGCAAGCUCAGCAGAGACUGCUGCAGAACCCGCGCCGCGGAGUACGACAUCGUAGGAGGGGACCACCUGGGCUGCCACUUCUCCUCCAUCCUGCAAACCACCGGACUGCAGUACAGAGACUUUAUCUACGUCAGCUUCCACAACCAGAUCUACGAGAUCCCGUUUUUUGUGGCGUUGGAUCACAAGUGGGAAGUAGUACUCGUAGCGGUCAGAGGAACACUGUCACUAAAGGAUGUUCUGACAGACCUGUCUGCUGAAUGUGAGAACCUGCCAGUCGAAGGCGUGUCUGGCCCUUGCUACGCUCACAAGGGCAUGUACCAGGCGGCGGGCUACAUCUACAAGAAGCUCGUCAACGAUGGCAUCCUGAACCAGGCCUUCUCCGUCGUCCCGGAGUAUAAACUGGUGGUCACUGGUCACAGUCUGGGGGCCGGCACAGCCGCCCUGCUGGCCAUCCUGCUGCGCACUUCCUUCCCCACCCUGAAGUGUUACUCAUUCUCACCACCAGGGGGCCUGCUGAGUCAACCCUUAGCUGAAUACUCCAAGGACUUUGUGGUGUCUGUGGUGUUGGGGAAGGAUCUGGUUCCCAGACUGAGCAUCCCCAACAUGGAGGACCUGAAGAGUCGGAUACUGAAAAUAGUCACAAACUGCAAUAAGCCCAAAUACCGCAUCCUGCUGCAGGGGUGUUGGUACGAGCUGUUCGGAGGGGACCCGGACGAUUUCCCCACCGAGAUGGACAGCAGGAGGGAGGAGCAGCUCAGCCAGCCGCUGCUGGGCGAAGAGUCGCUGGUGAUCCGCCACUCGUCGUCCUAUCAGAGCCUGGCAUCGGACGACUCUCCCGCCCACCCAGUCGUGCACAUGCCGCUCUACCCGCCGGGGCACAUACUGUACAUCACGGAGGACGGGCCGUCGCGGAGAUCCUGCUUCUCCCAGGUUCGGUACCGUGCCGACUGGUCCAGCGAAACGGCGUUCCGGAGCAUCUUGAUCAGCCCCAGGAUGCUGGUGGAUCACAUGCCCGACGCCGUGCUCCGAGCCCUGAACAGCCUGUGCAGCGACGGCCCCUUCCUCUGCCCGUCAUCGCUAAGCAACAAUCCACACAUUUCUAUGUGAGGUGCACUAAAAAUAUAUAUAAUAAUAAUAAUUAAAAAAAAGGGGCGGGGGGUUGCUGGGGGGGUUACCCUCUUCACGUCCACGCUCCAAGACGACUUUUACUCGCGUGUUUACAUCCGAUCCAGGUUCCCACUACUUCCCAACCUGCGAUCCCCAGCUACUAAUUAAUAUCUUUUGGUCAAGUUGCUGUUUUAUUGAGCUUCUAAAUUGUUCAAUCAUUGGAUUAUGAUUUUGAUGGGAGAUUUGAAUCUGCGGAACUUUGCCUGAUUUGUAAAAAGGAAAACCCAUAGAAGCACAGAGUCAUGCACUUUUUUAAAUUAUUUAAUGCAAGAAUUUUUUUUUCUUUUUUUUUUUUUGCUUUAUUUGAAGUUGCUCCAUGAGCGACUAUAUAUAUCAUAUUUGAAUGUUGUAUAUUCAGUGUGACAGUGGAGCAUUUCAACUGUAAUGUCAGUGUUUUUGAUUGUGUCGUUUGAAUGGCUAAGAUGAAGAUUGACUUGUUGCCAAGGGCAACUUUGGAGCUUUCUGAUUGGAUGGUGCGGUGAAAAAAAAUGUGGGUAUUCAUAUUGUUGUUUGUGAACUGUAGAUAGGAAUGUCUUGUGAUUUUAUUAUUGUUUUAAUGUUUUAAACAUCAGGGUGAACAGUGCCUAUGCAUUAUAAAAAAAAUGAAACCCAAACACACUAAGUAAAGUUCAGAACUGCAGUUGUGUUAAACUCAAACAUGCCUGAAAGUAAAAAGUUGAAAGAUUGUGCUUUUUUUCUUUUUUGGGGGGAAUUUACCUGCUUGCUAUGGAUGUUGUCAUUAUUUUUCAAUAAAAAUUUUCAUACCCUCUUAGGAAUGCAUUUGAAAACUGAAAGCAAAUAAAAGCAUUUGUGAAGUACACACACACA